AUAAUAAAUUAAAUAAAAUAAUGGAUUCUUUCAAGAAUUCGCACUCCGACGAGGAGGUGAUCCUGGCGUCCAGCCACCCGAAGAAGCGCGCCGGCAGGAAGAAGUUCAAGGAGACGCGCCACCCCGUCUACCGCGGCGUGCGGCGGAGGAACUCCGACAGGUGGGUCUGCGAGCUGCGCGAGCCCACCAAGCAGAACCGGAUAUGGCUUGGUACCUACCCCACGGCGGAGAUGGCCGCCAGGGCUCACGACGUGGCGGCGCUGGCGCUCCGGGGGCAGGCCGCCUGCCUCAACUUCGCCGACUCCGUGUGGCGGCUGCCGGUGCCGGCGUCGACCGACCCCAAGGACAUCCGCAAGGCCGCCGUCGAGGCUGCGGAGGCGUUUCGCCCCCCUCCGCCGCCGGCGGCAGCGGCGGCGGAAGAGGUUUUGGUGAAUCAGAAUGUGGCGGCGGCGGCGGAGGAGGACGAGUCUCGGGCUAUGAACUCCGGUGUUUUUGAGAUGAGUGGUGAUUUGGGUAUCGGGGGAGCGGCGGAGGGAGCUCUGAUGUCGCCGUUGCCGCCGCCGCCGUGGACUUUCAAUUGGGAUGACGUGGAGAGCGAUGCUGAGGUGGAGCUCUGGAGUUACUCCGUUUAAUAAGAUUUUGACCCCUGCGUACGAUAGUCCCCUACCAAAAAAGACAAAUAAGAUUCUGGCGUACGAUAGAACUUUUUAAAGGGAUAUUCGUACUACUAAAUUAGUGUGUAUUAGUCAAAUAAUUUGGACACGUGCUUUUUAUAUCAUGUGUUGGGUUUUUGGCUUUAAUUUUGAUUUAUGUUUUUGUAAAAUAAUAAAAUAUAAGUAGAAGAAUUAAGUAUGUAAUGCAUGCUACUGAUUUUAAU